AUAGAACAGUUAAACUUCCCUAACACCAUACAAGCAGCCCCGAACAGAACCAUACCAGCAAAGAACAGAACCAUCCCAUAACAGAUGCAACCAGCCCUGCAUGAUACAGUUGUACAACCCCAACUCCAUCCCAGCAGCAGCCCAGAGCAACUUUAAUGUUAAAGAUCGACAACAUCCCAGCAGCUCAGUGUAAUUUACCCAUAAAAAUAUAUUAUUGGGUUAUAGACCAAUAACAUAACGUAUAAUUUUUGUUUGUAUACGAGUAUAAUAAUGUCAAACUAAUGCAGUUCCUUCUGUUUCAUCAAACAAAUAUCAACUAAUGUAUGAACUUCCUCCUGUAUACUUGACAUUUUAUCUUUGUUAAAUUAAUUAUAGCUUAUUGUACGCGUAUUUUUCAAUUUGUUCCACAGAGCAGAGGCAAGGCUAUUCGUCAUCGAAUCUCAUCCUCCAAUCAAUUUAUUAUUAGAGACAAGCAAUUGAAGAGAGACAUAAGGAAGGAAAAACAAAAAUGAUUGGUUUGGACCAAAUCCUUAGCAAAUCUUCGUACCUAAUCACAAUAGGCUGCAAAAUAGCCUGGCAGCACAUUGGCUAUGCGAUUGACUACAAGAAGAACAUUCAAAAUCUCCUAGAUGAAACCGAAAAAUUUGAAAAUGAGCUAACAAGGAUCGAUGGAAGGGUCGAGAGAGCCAAAAACAAUGGAGAAAUCCCUGAGGCUGAUGUUCUGCAAUGGAUAGAGUCAGCGAACGGGAUUAAAGGAGAUGUGGAGGCAUUACUAGUAGACGCAACAAGAGAAAACAUGUGGUGCCUCAAAUGUUGUCCGAAUGUUUCUCGGCGUUACAAGCUAGGCAAGGAAUCCAAAGAGAAGACAACUCGUGUUAUUAUUCUCAAAGACAGCGGCAAACAGUAUAUGACAAUAGAAGUGGCACAGCGCACACCUCCUUUGAAAUUUGGGUACUAUUUCUCCCAAGGUUACGUGGCUUUUGAUUCAAGAGCAGAGAUCUUUGAGGAGAUCAUGAAAGCGUUGGCCGAUCCUUGCAUUAAAAUGAUUGGUCUAUAUGGACCAGGUGGUGUUGGCAAGACCACAAUGGCAACAAAGGUUGGCAAGCUAGCAAAGCAAAAUGGGCUAUUUGAUGAUGUUGCGAUGGCAACUAUCUCCCAAACCCUGAAUGCGAAAGCUGUUAAAGAAAAGGUUGCACUCCAAUUGGACUUGACACUAAAUGGAAACGCAUAUCAACUAUAUCAUAGAUUAAACAAUGGGAAAAGGAACCUCGUAAUAUUGGACGACGUUUGGAAACCACUUAACUUGGUGGACAUUGAAAUUCCAAUUGCUGAUGGUAAUAAGGGCUGUAAAGUUGUGAUAACAUCACGGAAAAGAGGUUUGUGCCAAAAGAUGUCAGUGCCAGUUGAUCAAGAAGAUUCCUUGAAUGCAGUCUUAGCAGAGCCAGAAGCAUGGACCAAAGAGUUCCUAAUGGGAGUCUUACGAGAGUCAGAAGCAUGGACCCUAUUUAAGAAAGUCGCCGCAAUUUCUGUGGACUCUGAAAUCCCUUCUGAAGCAAAGGAAGUGUGUGACAAAUGUGGAGGCUUACCAGUUGCUAUACGUGCAGUUGCAGCAUCAUUAAAAGGCAAGGGAAAGCAUGCGUGGAAAGAUGCACUUCGACAACUUAAAAAUUACAAGAUAAAAGAAAUUGCAGAUAUCGAUCAAAAUUUGUUAAUCUCAUUAAAAUGGAGCUAUGAUCGUCUAGAGCCCAAGGAUGCACGAUCAUGCUUCUUGCUUUGUUCUUUGUUUCCGGAAGAUGCUGAGAUUUCAAUUGACGACUUGGUGAGAUAUAGCUUUGGGAUGGGGUUACUUGAUCAAGACCUGAAUGCAUUUGAUGAGGUAACAAAUAGAGUACUUGCCAUGGUUGAUGUCCUCAAAACAUCUUGUUUGUUGUUAGAUGACACAGAUGAAAGUGUGGUCAAAAUGUGUUAA